UAACAUAGUAGUUCGAUGUGCGAUAUGAUGGGAAUUUUACUGCCUACGACGGGUUUUUUCUAAAACGAGGCUGCAGACGCCUCGCGGUGGGGAUGCGAGGCUCCUCCACAUAAAGGAGUAAAACAGAGAGGAUAGUCGUUUCUUUGUUACUCGAGCCAUUUCCAAAUAUUCGAACAUUGAAACAGCAGAAUGGCAGACGUGGAAAUCGAGGUCGCGGGUGAUAUACAGACACCUCAACAAAAGCAAAAAUCUGGCACUGGGCUUGACUUCUUACAAUUACCACAAUUUCCACUUAAUAACAUAGGAUAUCCACAAGCUCAUGAAUGGAUUGAACACAGAAAAGCCAAUAUUAGGCCAUGGUCUAUGUUUCUUAAUACAAGCAACAUAAGACCACCUCCUAGUUUACCAAGAUUAAGUAAAAGAAUUGUGAGAAAUAUUGAGUAUUUCCAGAGCAAUUAUUUAUUUGUGUUUAUUGGACUAGUUAUAUAUUGCUUGGUUACCUCACCACUAUUGCUUCUUGCGGUUACUGCAUCCCUUGGAACUUGCUAUAAAAUUUCACAGCGUCAUGCUAAACAGGAACUUAUGGUAUUAAAUCAUAAAUUAACACUAGCUCAAGUUUAUUCUCUGGUUGGAAUCUGUUCACUACCAGUCUUUUAUUUGGUUGGUGCUGGUGCAGCUCUCUUUUGGGUCUUUGGUGUGUCCUGGUUGUUGAUAACAUUGCAUGCAGCAUUCUACAAUAUCGACUCUGUAUUGUGCCCAGGAGAAGAUGAACUCAAUUCUUUAGUUAUGCAAGAAGUAUGA